CAACAUCAACCGAACCCGGUAAUUAACAAAGAAUCCACAUCACAAAAAAGUCGGCACUGGAAUCCAUGUUUUGGCCUGAGUAUAGGCAGAGACGACGAUGGAAUCCCGCCAUUUGCCGACAUUCACGAAACGGGAACACUCGUUCCAUGCUUUACUUCAUUGGAGUCGGUGCCGACAUGUUCGCUGUGGCCAACUUUAACAUUAGUCGGCGCCGAGAACCAACAACUUACCGACUUCAACGCGGGUAAAUCCUAUUUUAACCGACGGUUUCCCCGGUAGUCAAAAACAAGUGUCGGCGUUGCGGCUCACCUCCUUCGACUACUCCGUUGGAAACCUAGGGUUAGGGUUUUCGCCUCCGAUGGAGGUCCAGUUGGGGUGGAGGAUGAGGGUCUCCUUGAAGAACGCCACCAUGGCCGUGUGCUUCCUCAACGUCGUCGCUUCCGCCCUCCUCUUCCACCGCCUCUACGGUGGCGCUUCCCCAAGAAGAAGCUUCGCCCACCACCUCACCAAUGCGCAAUUGAGGUAUAUAUCAGAAUCUGAAGAGUUGCGCCUUGCUAUGGAGCCCGUGGAUCUUAUACGGAGAAUAAAAGAAAUCGAGCAAGAAGCAUACGCGGAACCGGAGGGUGAGACAGAACAAGCCCCAAAGCUUUCUGCUGCAGCUGAUUUGUCGAGGCGCUUGAAAGAUCGUAGGGCAGUGAAUGAUGCCGACAGCCAGAAAGCUCUUGAGGAAUGGCGCAAGCGGAAGGUCGAGCGCGCAAGGCAAAGAGAGAUUGAGAAGAACAGGACGGUAACACAGAUGUGAGAUGACGGUCGAUGUUUGAAACUUAAACAUGUUUUCAUUCGGAGAUGCGCGAAGGUUCGGAGUAUAUAAUGGUUGUUGUGUGUGUUAAUAUCCUCCAUACCUAAAAUUGAGAGAGCAGAGGCUGCGACUGCACCGUGAUUAAUUAUUUUGAUUGUUUU